CUUUUGUUCCUCCGCUGUGGGAUCUCGCGCGCCGGGGGCUGGCGGGGGGUUCGGGGUGUGUGAAGUUGUCCUCCUCCUUGUCCCCCCGUAGAAAAACGCCCCACGUGCAGCACCCGGUCUCAGCUAGAGCUGGAGAUGGACGCGGAUAAGGGGAAGCAACGCCAGUACUCGCAGAGGCGAGACAGAGAGGGCUGCCAAGGUAGAGGCGUUCCCUAGAGAACUGUAGCUUGACUUAGCGGCAGUUGGGUAGGAAGUUGGAAGGCUCUAGUGAGCUCGUGCCCACCCGUGCCAUCAUCUACCUCCCAUCAAUCUGGAGCCUCAGCGACACGUCUCCCCAGGCAGCUGCGCCCACCUGGCUCCAGAGGCCACCCUGAUGGCGGAGCCUCGCUUCAACAACCCCUACUUCUGGCCACCCCCCCCCGCCAUGCCCAGCCAGCUGGACAACCUGGUCCUGAUCAACAAAAUCAAGGAGCAGUUGAUGGCGGAGAAGAUCCGCCCCCCACACCUGCCUCCCACCUCGGUGGCCUCGCAGCAGCCCCUCCUGGUGCCCCCCUCGCCCGCUGAGAGCAGCCAGUCCAUCAUGUCCCUGCCAAAGCUGCAGCAGGUGCCGGGGCUGCACCCCCAGGCCGUGCCCCAGCCUGACGUGGCCCUGCACGCCCGGCCGGCCACCAGCACCGUCACAGGGUUGGGGCUGGCAUCCCGUGCACCGGCCGUCAGCACCUCGGAAUCCAGCCCGGGAACAGGGACCACCACCCCCUCGACGCCCACCUCCACCAGUCAGAGCCGCCUCAUCGCCUCCUCGCCCACCCUAAUCUCAGGAAUCACCAGCCCCCCACUCCUUGACUCCAUCAAGACAAUCCAGGGCCACGGCUUGCUGGGAGCGCCCAAGGCUGAGCGGGGCCGGAAGAAGAUCAAGGCGGAAAACCCCUCGGGACCGCCGGUGCUGGUGGUGCCCUACCCCAUCCUGGCCUCAGGGGAGACGGCCAAAGAGGGGAAGACGUACAGGUGUAAGGUCUGCCCCUUGACGUUCUUCACCAAGUCGGAGAUGCAGAUCCACUCCAAGUCGCACACAGAGGCCAAGCCCCACAAGUGCCCCCACUGCUCCAAGUCCUUCGCCAAUGCCUCCUACCUGGCCCAGCACCUGCGCAUCCACCUGGGCGUCAAACCCUACCACUGCUCCUACUGUGAGAAGUCCUUCCGCCAGCUCUCCCACCUCCAGCAGCACACCCGAAUCCACACCGGCGACAGACCCUACAAGUGCCCGCACCCCGGCUGCGAGAAGGCCUUCACCCAGCUCUCCAACCUCCAGUCCCACCAGCGCCAGCACAACAAGGACAAGCCCUACAAGUGCCCCAACUGCUACCGGGCGUACACGGACUCGGCCUCGCUGCAGAUCCACCUGUCUGCACACGCCAUCAAGCACGCCAAGGCCUAUUGCUGCAGCAUGUGCGGCCGUGCCUACACCUCGGAGACCUAUCUGAUGAAGCACAUGUCCAAACACACGGUGGUGGAGCACCUGGUCAGCCAGCACUCGCCGCAGCGGACGGAGUCACCCGGCAUUCCCGUACGGAUCUCCCUCAUCUAAGCGGGGAGGGGACAGGACCCCCCCAGCAUGAGGAGGAGGAAGAGGAGAAGGAGAAGGAGGAGGAGGAGGAGGAGGAGGAGGAGGAGACCCCCAGCGCCGCGGGCCGCGCCCGGGCCGUGCUCCUGCCCGGCUCCCGCAGGUUUGGUGACAUCCAAAGACGGUUUCAGAGCACUUUGAAUCUCUGCGGUUUGGUUUUCUUUGGGGGGGCAGUGGGGUUGGGGGUGUCCCCCCUGCCAGGCCCCACCCCCCAUUUUUGGAUACAAAUAUAUAUAUAUAUAUAUUUAUUGGCCAAGAACUUGGUGCUGCUAAAAAGACCAGAAAUUCACCCCAAAAACGAACCGUGGAUGGAGCAAAAAGCAGCUGGGGGGGGGGGGAAGUCCCACCACCCCCCACCCCCCCACAGACUCUGGGCCCAAGCGCCUCCAUUUGGGGUUGAUUUUUAACCAUUUUGGGGGUUUUUUGUGUUCUUUUGGGGUCCCUUUCGAGGGCGAAGCCGCGGGCAGAGCUGUUCCCCUGGUGACAGCCCCCCCAUUCCGCAACCCCAGUUUUGGGGGGUUCGGGGGUCCCCCUGCUUUGCCUUGUGCCUGCCUGUACAUACCCCCUGUAUAGAGCCGGGGGGCACUCCCCCCAAACUCAUCUAUAUUCUGUACUUUUUGGUUCAUUUUGGAUAUUAACUGUGUUAUUUUUUAUACACUUUUUAAGCCUUAACUCAGCGUUUCUUUGGGGUUUUUUGUUGUUUUUUUUUCAGGGUGUUUUAUUUACCUUUUAUUAAUUUUUAACCCCUCUGUUAUUUUUUACCCCCCCUAUUAUUUUUACCCCCUGUCCCCUUAUUUUUUACCCCCCAUUAUUUCUCCCCUCAAUGUUGUACGAUAUCAAUAUUGUAACCUUUUUUGUCAGCAUGUUAAUACUGUGUAAAUAUGCCUCUUAUACACUUAGCCCCCCCCUUUUUUCUCCCCUUCCCCCAAAUUUUGGGGCUUUUUUAUUUUCCUCGCUGCCCAGCCAGGCCAGGCCUCCCUAGAGCUAGUUGGUACCUUAUUAAAAAAGGGAAAAAAAAAAAAAAAAGAAAAAAGAGGAGAAAAUGGACAAAAAGUUGCCCCUGUCCCUGUUGUUGCCACCCCCCAUCCUGCAUUGUGGUUCCUGGAGAAGCUGGGCGGGCCACGGCCUCACAGUGUGGAAAAGGAAUGAAACCCCCCAGCCCAGCCCCUUUCCAAAAAAAGAGAAUAAAAGAGAACAAAAAAAAAAAAAAAAAAAAAGAA